AUGGUUUCAGAAGCUAUCAUGAGUUGCCUAAUGUAUUGGGAUAUAGACCGUAAACUAUUUUCAAUGAUACUGGAUAGUUGCUCUACCUGUGAUAACAUUGCCGUUAGAAUUGGUGAUAGACUUCUGCAAAACAGGUUUCUUUAUUGUAAUGGGCAAUUAUUUGAUAUACGAUGUGCUGCAAAUGUUAUUAAUGCUAUGGUUCAGCAUGCUCUGGGAGCUGUAAGUGAAAUAGUCAUUAAGAUUCGUGAAACUAUUGGUUACAUUAAAAGUUCACAAAUUAUACUGGCAAAGUUCAAUGAGAUGGCUAAAGAAGUUGGGAUCCUGAGUCAAAAGGGCUUAUGUCUAGAUAAUGCAUCACAAUGGAAUUCCACAUACUCAAUGCUUGAAGUUGCCUUGGAAUUCAAGGAUGUUUUAAUUCUCUUGCAAGAAAAUGACACUGCCUACAAAGUCUGUUUAUCUGAUGUAGAGUGGGAGAGAAUCACAGCAGUUACCAGCUACUUGAAGCUUUUUGUUGAGGUUAUAAAUGUUUUCACUAAGAAUAAGUAUCCAACUGCAAACAUAUAUUUCCCUGAGCUCUGUGAUGUUAAGCUGCAUUUGAUUGAAUGGUGCAAGAAUUCAGAUGAGUAUAUCAGUUCUUUGGCGUCAAGAUUGAGAAGCAAGUUUGAUGAGUACUGGGAGAAAUGUAGUUUAGGGUUGGCAGUUGCUGCGAUGUUAGACCCUCGAUUCAAGAUGAAGUUGGUAGAUUAUUAUUAUCCACAAAUUUAUGGCAGCAUGUCUGGAAGUCGAAUUGAAGAGGUCUUUGAUGGUGUGAAAGCUCUAUACAAUGAACAUUCGAUAGGCUCCCCAUUAGCAUCUCACGAUCAAGGUCUGGCCUGGCAAGUUGGCAAUGGCCCACUUCUCUUACAAGGUUCUGCAAAGGAUUCAAGGGAUCGAUUGAUGGGGUUUGAUAAAUUUCUCCAUGAAACUUCACAGGGUGAAGGUACAAAAUCAGAUCUAGACAAGUAUUUGGAAGAACCCCUUUUUCCACGCAAUGUUGAUUUCAACAUACUGAACUGGUGGAGAGUUCACACCCCCAGAUAUCCUGUCUUAUCCAUGAUGGCACGCAAUGUUUUAGGAAUUCCAAUGGCAAAGGUUGCGCCUGAACUGGCCUUUAAUCACAGUGGAAGGGUCCUUGAUCGUGAUUGGAGCUCACUUAAUCCUGCUACUGUCCAAGCUUUGGUGUGUUCACAAGAUUGGAUAAGGAGUGAACUGGAAAAUUAGAUUGCUUUUUCCCUGCAUUCUAAUUGUACAUGCCAAUUCUCCCCAUAGAAAUAUUCCCAUGUAAGUUAUAUAUCUUCUAACUCUACAUUUCAAUUUUCUUGACCUUUUUAUACACUGGUUCUGUUUAGCCAUAGCAUUAUGCAACUUAGCAAGUUAUUUUAUGAUUCU